AUGAGUACAAGAAUUCCGCUCUUCUCAAAUAAAUUGUCUAUGCAGAAUGGUUAUUCAAAGGAAACCACGCAAAAUAUGAUUUCAGUUAUAAUGGAAUAUGACAGACUUACUUUUCAGGCACCACCUGGCAAGCUAUUUCAACUAUUCGAAGAUCAUUUGGGAAAUUUAAAAGAUUUAAAUUAUACUUGCACCUAUAAUAGUUUUUACGUAUAUUUAAAUUGGGAUUAUAACCUUGAAAUCUGUCAAUUGCAAGAUUCAACUUUAUUUGAGACUAAAUCGUUUUUAAAUGAGUCCUCUAGUUUAUCAAAUAUUAAAAAAGAAGAACAUCCUCCUUUUUUAAUGAAACAUCCGAAACAACCUGCACUUUUAAGUUUGUUUAAAUACGAUAAAUGUCUAAAAGAAAAAUUGGUUCCUUUAGAGAAAUUUUUUAAAUUAUUUAAUAAUUGUUCUUAUUUAACAUCAUUUCUGAGAUUUAAAAGCAUAAUUCAAACAAUCAGUUUUACUCUUUGGAGAAAUAUAAUUCAGCAAUGGCAGUGCUGGUUUAAUAAACAAAGUAAUUUAGAAAUAAAGUUGAAAAAGAAUACAUUUCAAUCGUUAAUUGACAUUUUUAAAAAAUCUUUUUUUCAAAAUUAUUUUAUAAUUAGAGAUUCAAAAGAGUCUUCGUUAGAUGAUUUUUGUUCCUCAAUCGAAAAUAAUAUGUACAAUAAAAAUAAGCGCAAAACAAAAAAUAAAAUAUUGUCAAUGAACCAAAUAUUUCCAUAUUUCAACAUAUUAGGGAUAUGGAUCGAUAUGGGGAAUGGAAUAAUAAUUAUUGCAAAUUCAGUUUUUAAGAAAGAUGCAAUGGCCUAUGGUGAGCCUACAACGCUUGUAGCAGGCUAUUGUAUAAAUACAAUCAGACCUGAACUUUUAACUAAAAAAAUCAUUUUAUUUUUAAAUAUUUCACUAAUUGAGUUUUUCAAAACGCAGGUGAAUUAA